GGCCGGUAGUUGUUAACCGCACAUCAAAACAGCGUGAUAACGCGCCCAAAUCGAAUGCAAUAAAAGCCCCAUUAAGGCGCAUCAGGCGCGUAGUUGAGACAGUGCAGUCGAGCAACUGGAACAUGUCGCCGUUAACCGCUGAGCAGGCUGCGACGCUGGACUCGCUGGCAGUGGAGAAUUUUCGCAAAUACCUCCAAAUCCCCAGCGUGCAUCCGCAUGUGGACUAUGAACCGUGCGUGCAGUUCCUGCGGGCGCAGGCCAAGGGCCUGGAUUUGCCGCUCAAGGUGUACACAGUGGUGGAGGGCAAGCCGAUUGUGGUGAUCACGUGGAGCGGCAGCGAGCCCGCCCUGCCCAGCAUCCUGCUGAACAGCCACAUGGAUGUGGUGCCCGUGUUUGCGGACAAGUGGGCGCAUCCGCCGUUCAGCGCCCACACGGACGCCCAGGGCAACAUCUACGCCAGGGGGGCGCAGGACAUGAAGUGCGUGGGCAUCCAGUACUUGGAGGCAAUAAGGCGAAUGCGCCUGGCUGGGGCGACGGUACGCCGCACCGUGCAUGUGGCUUUUAUGCCAGAUGAGGAAAUCGGCGGAGUGGACGGGAUGAGGCAGUUUGUGCAUACCGAGGACUUCAAGGGGCUGAACGUGGGCUUUGCCCUGGACGAGGGAAUGGCCAGUCCCGAUGACGCUUUUCCAGUGUUCUAUGGCGAGAGGAACAUCUGGCAUUUGGUCAUCCAUUUCCCGGGCACGCCUGGGCACGGCUCCCUCCUCCUCAAGGACACGGCGGGGGAGAAGGUCGCCCUGUUCCUCAACACGCUGUUUGAGUUCAGGCGCAGCCAAGUGCUCAAACUGGCCGGCGACCCGACGCUCACCCUAGGCGACGUCACCACAGUGAACUUGACCCAGCUCAAGGGCGGCGUCCAAUCGAACGUGGUCCCCCCCGAGUUGGUGGCGACAGUCGAUUGCCGCCUGCCAGUGACGGUGGACGAUGCCGCCUUCGAGGCGCAAGUGAAGAAGUGGUUGCAGGAAGCGGGCAGCGACAUUUGGGUGGAGUGGGAGCAGAAGGAGCCGCAGGUCACGCCCACCAAGCUGGACGCCUCCAACCCCUACUGGCUGGCCUUCAAGCGCACCAUGGACGAGCUCGGAUUGGGCCUGCGGCCGCAGGUGUGUCCCGGGGGGACCGAUGCCCGAUUUCUGCGCGCCACUGGAGUGCCCGCUUUGGGGUUUUCGCCGAUGGCAGGCACCGAAAUGGGGCUGCAUCGGGACAACGAGCACCUGAACCGCACGGUUUUCCUGCGCGGCGUCGAGAUCUAUCGGGCACUGAUCAGGAGCCUGGCGGAAGGCGUUUAGCUUAAGCAGCAGUAGCGACCAAGCGGCUCUCAAUGGACGCGUCUGAGCAGCAGCCCGACUCAGAAGCCAUCGCGGCAGUUGAGGAGGCACCAGCGUCUGUAGGAGAGGCGCCUGUGCCUGUCGAAGAGGCGCCAGCCGCCGAUAAGCCAAAGUCGCGCCUGAAGCGCAGCAUUAUCGACACGCAGGAGAACUCUAAAGUGGACGCCAGCGGCAAAAUCAUCGAAGACUACUAGCUUAGGAGCAAUAAACAUGUAAACUUAG